UUUUACUUCUAGUUCGACAUUUCAAUAUUUCAUUAAAUUCUUAUAAUAAUCUAUAGUAUUUGUAUCUUGUUUUACCCGGACAUAUGAUCAAAUGAAACAGAUAAGAUUUCUCAAUUCCUACAACCCAAAGUCUUCAUCCACGAGUAGAAUUAUACCAUGUCGGAGCCCUGAAUGUUGGCCAAAGCAGAAGCAAUGCCACCUGAUGCAUAAGUCCGGCGGCAAGGCGGUAGCCACAUGCCCUUACCAAGUCGACUAUAUGACAUAUAACACUUCAAGUAAGGGCAUCCUUGUUAAGGAUAUCUUGCACUUAGAAACAUAUGACCAGAAACGCCGGCCUUGUAAAGCGCCAAUUAUAUUCGGGUGUGGAAUGAUUGAGACUGGUGCUAAUUUGGAGGAUGGCACAAUCAAUGGUUUGCUAGGGCUGGGCUUUAAUACGCCUUUGGACUUACCUGGCAUGCUAGCAUCCCAAGGGCUGGUCCCAAACUCCUUCUCCUUAUGCUUUGGCCUUGAUGGCAAAGGCAGGCUUGCACUUGGAGACAAGGGCAGCAGUGCCCAUAUGAGAACACCACUAGACCCGGAUGAAGAAUUUCACGAUGGGCUAUCACAUUGUCUAUGAUCGUGAAGAGUCUUUUUUGGGGUGGAAACAAUCUGAUUGUAUAAUAAAAGAAGCAAAAACUACUCCCUCGAGCAAAGCAUCGGGAGCAACAAUGCGGAGCAUAGUAGUGGGAUUUUUACUUUUGUUUUCUUGUGGUUACAUUUAUUUUGUACCGUAGUAAUAAUUUAAGGGAAAAGGUGCAAAUAAGCCCAUGUACUAACCAAAAAAGGUCAAAUAAGCCCUUAUUUAGGAGACUCUGUCCGGC